AUCGUCCCCCUCGAGACUGUGGCAGUAAAGAUCGUGAGACUCUAGCGUUACGAGGAAGUGCGGUCCGACAUUUCCAACUCUGUUUAUUAUUAAAAGUAUCGGUUAAAUAAAACGAAAACAUUACGAUUCCGUUGCGACGUACAAUUCACUCGCUGUACGAAAUAAACUGAUUGAUCGACAAUUCCUGCUGCUAUUGUUGUUGUGGUACUCGGGGACAUUUCUUGACGGUGCAAUUGAUGAUAACGGUUUUUUUUGUGAAGCUUUUUGAGUGCUUUUCGAGCCUAGAAAAUGUGAUAAGUGAGGGAGUGAGAAAAGGGUUUUGUGUGUGGUGAAGUUUUUCUAUCUACUAAACGGAAUUGGUAAACGUAAAGUGUGGAUGGAUUACUAAAGAUCAUAAUCACAUUCAAAGUUGGGAGUCGUGGGUUAGGUAAUGCUGGGCAGUCCAGCCGGGCCCGGGGCAACGUCCCAUCAGAGGGGCCUUUGGCCUUUAGCGCCGGCCCCAGCUCCAUCUGCCAACACCUUCGCCAGUGAUGGUUUAAGUCGAUACGGGGUGUACUCCCUUUUUCCGGGUGGUCCUGGAUUCGGAGGUGCCCUUUAUUCGCAUUCGAGUACGAUAGGACGCUUUGCAUCAAGUUCUAUCUCGCCAUCUUCAGGUGCACCGUUCCAUACAUCUCAUAAAGAAUCUCUGUUCUCGUCGGCAGGCUACACAUUUGGAGCGCCAACGCCACCUCCUGGUUCGCCCUAUUCGCCGGUCACUUCGAGCCAACUAGAACUUUUCGCCAAGGGCUACAAUUCAAACAUAAUAAUUCAACAGCCCUCCGAUUUCACGCUCUCUCCCAAAAAAGGACAAUUACCCGAAAAAUCACGUCCCGAAGACAACUGUUUAAAAAUCAAACCUGAAAAAUCCGCCUGCGGCUGUCUUACUUCUCCUGGCAAUAGAAAGUAUUCGGCUGAUAACUCGUCAGGUUGUAGUCGGACAAAUCCGAUCGAGUGGAGUUGUCCGAUUAACGUAAAGAAAGAACCAGGUUCGACUCCGUGCCAGGUGGCAGAAGUCACGACCAGCGCUUCGCCCAUCGUCAAGGUUGAAAUCACUUCUCCUACCCAAAAGUGCCCCGAUGUGCAUGGGGUGGCGCUGCCAUCUGGGGUGGUCACGUCAAAUGGCAACAUACCCGUUGGUAUUGCCGUGGCCAGACAAAGAAUACAUCAUCAUCAGGAAUCCGUCUCGUCGCCGUCUCUACCCCCUGCAGGGUUGCUUACCACUGUUAACACUACUACACAAUUUAAAGAAGUUUCCAGAGUCCACCAAGAAGUCGAUUCAACGGCAGGCAUGGCCGCGUCCACGACAGGAGGCGUAUCAGCGGGUGGCACACUGCUGCAGUGCACAGACGAACGUGCUACUGGAUUGGCUGGAUGGUCGAUGGGCGGCACACCCAACUCCACCCUGGCAACGCCCACGCUUUGGCAAUACCCCGCGACCCUACCAGUUGAACCGAUGUUGCCCUUGCCCGCCCUGCCCGUGCCGCCCGUAGGAGUGCAAUUAGUCAGGGACCCUUCCUCUGGUCAUUUACUACUCUUGCCAACCACAACCGGGAUCGAACAAGUGCAACAAGCUGUGGUAUGGCCCAGCUAUCAACAGCCGCCCUCGGUCUUGCUUCCUCCAUUGCCUCCUCCUCCUCUUCAACUCCUCAGCUCGGCGUCUUCCGACUUCCUCUCAUCUAGCACGACCUUACACCAGCACACGCAGACACACAGCACCAGACUGUUGGCCGUCACGACCACGGACGCGAAAAGAAAAAUCCCUUUGCCCAUUCCAACGACCACUUUGAUUAAAAUAGAAGCCGACGCGGCGACGAGCACUCUCGACCAGACCAAAACGUUGCAGGCCGUCAGUACUGUGGCUAACAGCACGGGCUCUGUGUUCACCGAACAAAACAUGGCACCUCUGGUCACCACUCACCUGAUUUAUCAGCACCCCACGAAUUUAAUUUUAUCGCAGACUCCAUCCGCAACGACAGAGAUGGCUUGCAGGUCUCAGGCCACGUCUCCUGUUGCAUGUCUGACGCCUCCUCCAGAAACGAAUACGAUUCUAGAGGAAGAAUUACCCGGAGUACAGGAUGCAAGUAAUCAAACGGACACGCCGUUUUGUAGCGAAGAUGACAAUACAACUCACGCUUUUUGUGACGUUGUUGGCGAGGCGAAAAACAAGCAACCCGAAGAACUAAAGGAGAAAAUAAUUUUGGCAAGUUCUCCUCAGGAAGUCACUUCUUCUACAACCCCAGUAGAGAAAACUCCUAGGCAAAAAAUACUCGAAUUACCUGACGGUUACGUCCAUGAUAACACAGCAGACGUGGUCCGAUCUUCUAUCGAAAGCGAAACACCGGAACCAAUUUCUUCUUCUACAAACGAGGCUGUGGUUCCUGAUAAUUUGGAGAACACACCUCCGAAAACGCCGGAAGCCGCUUCAGAUCCUAAACCGGAUAUAAGCGGUCUCGAACUUUUAUCAAACAGUAUCUUCGAACUCGAAAACUCCAGAAAAAAUCAAGAAAAGCCAUUAAUAAUUAAAUGCGAAAAAGUUGACGAGGCAAAGGUGCCUCGUCUGUCCGAAGCGGAGAUUGCUACCAUCAAAAUCGAAAAAGAAACUGCGAUAUCAUCUCAAAAUCAAAAUCAAGUAGAUGACAAUCUUGGUGGUCUUAAUCUUCUUUGCGCAUUGGCCGAACAAAGAAUCUUGGAAGAAGUCGAGGGUCAAAAGAAGAAGAUGCACGAAAAUCGAACCAUCAAAGACAUAACUUAUUGGGAACGACACGAGAGGAAGAAAGAGAAACGCAAAUCCAAAAAGCACUCUUCAGACGAAUCGCGCCGCAAACGAAUCAAAACCGGAAACGAACACUACAGGUACAAAAAUAAAAGUAGCAGAAGAAGUAAGCACGAAAGUGACAGCGAACGUGCUCAACGACGCGAAAACGGUGAACGUAUCUAUAAUAGUGAUAGUGAACGUAACUAUAUCGUCUCCAGCGAUCCCGUUCCAAUAAAUCGAGUGCCAUAUGAGGACUAUUACGAACCGAAGUGUAGCAGUGGCUUUACGGAAAUGGAAAACUGUAAUUGUAAAGACCACCGGGCGUACAAAUCUCGAAAAUCAGAAGAGGAAGUCCGAAAAUACAUCGCAAGUAAGUCCCAGCCGUCGUUUAUCAAAGACGACUGGCCGGCGAUGAAUGCAAUGGAACUCGACAUGAGACUGAAACUGGCCGAACUUCAACGGAAAUACAAAGAGAAGCAACGCGAACUGAGCAAACUGAAACCGAAGAAGAAAUCAUCCGAAGAGAAAAGCUCUAAAAGAAAGAAGAGAGAGAAGAAAAGAUCUCAUUCAGAUCGGAGUAUUACACCUCCACCACUCCUCGAUAAAAUCGAUUCUUCUGUCAAUCUGAACAGGAAUCCAAAUGAACUCCUCAAACCACCAACUCUUUGUGCUAUUGAACCGGCAGAACAUUUGAAAAUCGAACACCACUCCGCUCCAAUAAACCAUUUAGACUCUUUGCCAUUCAGUUACAGAUUUGAAUCCAGUAAGAGAACAUACUCUCCUGAUUUGAGCGACAGUACUCCAGAAAAAAUAUCGUCUUCGAAGAAGAGAAAGGUCGGGAGACCGAAGAAGCUUAUGUCGUCAUCCGGUCUUCGAAUAGCAACAGAAACAAUUGUGGCCAAAAAACCAAAGAAGGGGACCUUUGUCGGUUACCUUUUAGCCGCAAAGGAAAAAUUCCAGAUGCAAAAUAAAUCUGAUCUUCUCUACUGCAACAGUCCACCUCGAUACGUCGAAGACAACAAGAAGAAACUGAACAAGCACAGAACCAAUAACAAUAUCAUGUGCAAUGGUGUAGAUGAUCAAGCUGAAAAAUCAUGUAAAAUAAGACCUAAAUUGAAAGCAGAACCUACAAUCAAAGAACACGCCGAAGAAGAGGAAGAAGUCGACGAGGAAGGUAAUAGUGAAUGGGAAGAUGAAGAUGAACCAAACGAAAUGGAAGAAGUCCACGAAACGAAAGGCGAUGAAGACAUGGAAAUUGAUGACCAAACUAUUGAAGAACAUUUACCUGAACCGACUGAAGUACUUCCCAAUGUUAAUAAUAAUCAACCAUCUGCACAGAAGAUUCCUGAAUCUACUGAAAAUGAUGUGACAAAUAAAAAACAAGACAAUCGAUGUAUUUUGACCACUGAACACCUCAAAAUUGACAAACUACGCGUAUUGACCGUAAUGGCUGGACUAUUUUAUGCAGGUCAUUUGAACGCCAUCGAACCCCCUGACGUCUACUCGAUCACUUUGGAUGGGGAAAGGGGAAACCGACCUCACAUCAUGUCUAGAGAGGAAAUCCUUAGAGAUGCGGUAAGUUUUCAAUUUCUUAUUGCGUCAUGCGUUUCUUUUUUCAGAGGCAGAGGCAGUACUAUGUGUCAACAAGUAUAUAUAGAAAUAUAGGUUUGAACUUUUUUACGUUAAUAUUCUCAUUUUUGAUUGGUUGUUCAAUUGGAUCCAAUUUGACAGUUGUUAGUGGCACAUAAUAAGGUGUCCCUGUGGACUGAUAAUAAUCCUUGUCAACACUUAGAGCUUACGCAAGCGUCUAGGAAUCAGGCUUAAAAUUUUCCGAGGCAGGUUCAGCUUGGCUGGGGUCCUGAAGUGUAAUAAGUUCUUUUUGCAUUAGUGCAGUUACUCCUUGUAACUGUCAGGAAAAAAUUAGUUCUUCAUCAGAAAAAGGCCAGUCUAGAUUUUAGCUAGGCAAAAUUGACGAUGUGCUUGUGCUUAAUUAAUUAUGUCCCGAAAAAUGCUAAGUAAUUUAGCAUAAUUUUGCUUGAUAUAGGAGAGCAACAGGCAGUUAUAGAGCUGGGGCUGCAACGUAGAGAAGUAAAUAUUAGGAGGGGAGUCAGAC